UGCGCCAACUUGCACGAGGUCGAUUGGCGUGGUCUUGAAUAAUUUGGAUUUAAGCACGAUAUUUCUGUCAGAAUGGUUCGUAAGAAGAUAGACAAUCGGCUACGCGUUCUGAUAGAAAAUGGUGUUUCUAUGGGACAUAGGACGCUGUUCGCCAUUGUCGGCGAGAAAGCAAGGGACCAAGUAGUAUUGUUGCACCAUAUGUUAUCCAAGACUGUCGUCAAAGCUAGACCUUCUGUGCUUUGGUGCUACAAAAAAGACUUAGGUUUUAGUAGCCAUAGAAAGAAACGAAUGAAAUCAUUGCAGAAGAAAAUCAAGUCGGGCAAAUUGGACAUUAACGAAGAUAAUCCAUUUGAAUUGUUUGUUAUUUCAACUAAUAUUCGUUAUUGUUACUAUAAUGAGACACACAGAAUAUUAGGUAAUACAUAUGGCAUGUGUAUAUUACAAGAUUUCGAGGCGAUUACUCCAAACUUAUUGGCACGUACUAUUGAAACUGUAGAGGGUGGUGGAAUUAUUGUAUUUUUACUACAAUCUAUGAAUUCAUUGAAGCAAUUAUAUACGAUGAACAUGGAUGUUCAUCAAAGAUUCCGUACUGAAGCUCAUAAAGAUAUAGUAUGUCGAUUUAAUGAGAGAUUUUUGCUAUCAUUGGCUUCAUGUACUCGAUGUUUGGUUGUUGAUGACCAACUGAAUGUAUUGCCUAUUUCCUCUCACAAUCUAAGGAUAGAACCUGUGCCUAAAUCAGACGUUUCAGAGGAACAAUCGAGCUUGGAUACUUUAAAGGAAAGUCUGCAGGACACUCAACCUGUAUCUGCAUUAAUCAAUUGCUGUAAAACAGUCGACCAGGCAAAGGCAGUUCUUAAGUUUAUAGAAUGUAUUUCUGAGAAAACUUUGAGGUCUACUAUUUCGCUGACUGCAGCUAGAGGACGUGGAAAAUCUGCUGCGUUGGGACUUGCUAUCGCUGGAGCUGUUACUUUUGGAUAUUCUAAUAUAUACAUCUCGAGUCCUAGUCCGGAGAACUUGAACACUCUUUUUGAAUUUGUCUUCAAGGGGUUUGAUGCUCUGGGAUAUCAGGAACAUCUCGACUAUGGUUUAGUGCAAUCUACAAAUCCAGAGUUUAACAAAGCCACUGUCCGCGUAAAUGUAUUCCGAGAUCAUCGCCAAACAAUUCAGUAUAUACAUCCAACAGACACCCACAGGUUAAAUCAAGCAGAGUUACUUGUGAUCGAUGAGGCAGCAGCAAUUCCGUUACCCUAUGUCAAAGCGAUGCUUGGACCUUACCUGAUAUUUCUCGCAUCAACUAUAAAUGGAUAUGAAGGUACAGGUCGGUCUUUAUCACUCAAAUUGCUACAGCAAUUGAGAACGCAAACUGCUGGGUCAAAUAGCCACAACGGGAAAAAUGAAAAGGAGCAAAAUGAGAAAACUCUUAUCGGAAGACAAUUGCAUGAACUUACUCUCGAUGAAUCAAUACGUUACAAACCGGGUGAUGCUGUAGAGCAAUGGCUAUGCGAUUUACUUUGCCUGAAUGUUACAAUGCAUGCCCCCAUUCUUUCUGGAUGUCCUCCUCCCGAUAUAUGUCAGUUGUAUUAUAUAAACAGAGAUACAUUAUUCUCUUAUCAUAAGGCUUCUGAACUGUUUCUGCAGAGAUUGGUCUCUCUGUAUGUUGCAUCACAUUAUAAAAAUACCCCUAAUGAUUUGCAAAUGAUGUCUGACGCACCUGCGCAUCAUCUAUUCUGUCUCUUGGGACCUGUGGAUUCCAACAAAAAGACUUUACCUGAAAUAUUAGUGGUUCUUCAAAUUUGCUUAGAAGGCCAAGUCAGCAAAACUAGCAUAAACGAUGGUCUCUCACGAGGUCGUAGAGCAGCGGGCGACUUAAUACCUUGGACGAUCGCUCAGCAAUAUCAAGAUGAAGAUUUUCCAGUAUUGUCUGGCGCGCGCAUUGUUAGGAUUGCUACACAUCCUGAUUAUCAAGGAAUGGGCUACGGUCGUCGUGCAUUGCAGCUGUUGAAACAAUAUUACGAAAUGAAAAUGCCUAAUAUCAAUGAAAGUGUUAUAGAAGAACCAAUAACAGAAAUAAAAAAUGUUCCCGAUGAAGCAGUUGGUUUAUUACAAGAAACUAUUGAACCGCGCAGUUCGCUGCCACCACUUCUGUUAAAAUUGAGCGAAAGACAUCCAGAACAUCUGGAUUACAUUGGAGUGUCUUUCGGAGUUACCGAACAUCUAUUGAAAUUUUGGAAGCGAUCCAAUUUCGUACCUGUGUAUUUAAGACAAACGGCGAAUGAUAUAACGGGAGAACAUUCUUGUAUAAUGCUUUGUAAAAUCAACGUGGAACAAAAUAAUGAUAAAUGGCUGCAAGCUUACUGGAGCGAUUUUUGUCGGCGAUUCCUAAGUCUGCUCUCCUAUUCAUUCAACACCUAUACAGCGUCACUUGCAUUAAGCAUAUUAAUUAACAAAACAAUAUCAUUAGAAUCUGUCACAUUGAGUAAGGAAACAAUGAAUGUUUAUUUUACAUCCUAUGAUUUGAAACGCUUACAAAUGUACAGUAACAACAUGGCAGAUUAUCAUCUGAUUAUGGAUUUGGUGCCAUCUUUAGCACGUCUAUAUUUCUUAAAUAUGAUGGGAGACACUCAUUUUUCAGCAGUGCAAUCGGCUAUUCUACUUGGCUUGGGCUUACAACAUAAAACUGUCGAUAAAUUGGCAGAGGAAUUGAAUCUUCCAUCUUCACAGUUGCUCGGGCUAUUCAAUCGUACAAUACGUAAAUCGAUCCAAUAUUUCAACAGAGUCGCGGAAAAAUAUAUCGAGAGCACUAUGUUGCCCAAAGAAUUGACUAGUGAAGGAAUAAAAUUGGAUCCUUUAGGUGGACAAAAUUUACGCAAAGAAUUAGAAAGCGCAGCUAAGGAAUUAAAAAUUAAACAAAAAGCAGAAUUAGAGAAACUGAAGAAAGAAAAUUUGGAGCAGUAUGCUAUCAAAGGAUCGGAAGCGGAAUGGACUAGUGCGUUAUCGGGCAAGCAUAGUAAACAUCUUAUCUCUAUAAAGACUGGUGAAAAAAGAGCUUCAGCAGAUGAUAGCAUUCAAGAAUCUGACAAAAAACACACAAAGAAGAAAAAGAAACAAACAUAACUUUAUG